UUCAUGCCACAGAAGCUGCACAAAUAUCUAAUAUACAAAAUUAAAUGUACUAAAUAAAUUCAAUAUUUUUAAACCUCAUUUGUAGUCAUUUUCGGGCUACGGAAUCCAUGUUACUUUCCCCGGGUUGCGAUAUCGUAGGACAUUACGAGGAGUACAGGAAGGCAGCAGGAGCAGCAGUCAGGGGAGCAGGCCUGGCUCAAGUUCCGCAUAAUUUUCACACUUUGUGGACAUAAAUUAUACGAUGGAUUCACACUCUCCGCCGAAGCCCUGGGAAAGGCGGAUUCCAGGGGCAAUGACUGCACCUAUAAAUUACAGAUCUGCAAACACUGGACCAUAUGCAGGCCCCUCUGCCCCCGCAGGUCCUCCUGUUCUGACCAGGAUGGCGCCCCCACUGCCCCCUCGUCCCGUCCAACAGUCCUAUCGUCCGGCCUACAGCUCUUUCACCUCCUCUUACAGCCCCUAUGGGAGCUCCAUCUAUGGGGGUUACAGCCCCUACAGUUAUGGUGGUGGCUACGGCCUGGGGGGGUACAACCGCCUCUCCCAUAUGGAUGACGUCGCCCCCAGCCGGUUUGUGCAACAGGCUGAGGAGAGCAGCCGUGGUGCCUUCCAGUCCAUCGAAAGCAUUGUCCAGGCCUUUGCAUCAGUUAGUAUGAUGCUGGACGCCACCUUUUCAGCGGUGUAUAACAGUUUCCGUGCUGUGCUGGACGUAGCCAACCACCUCACACGGCUGCGUGCACACCUCACCCGCGUUCUGUCAGCCUUUGCUCUGGUACGCACCUUGCGCUACCUCUACCGACGAUUGCAGAGGCUCCUGGGGCGAAGGUCGGACUCUGAGGUUGAGGACUUGUGGGCAGACAGUGCAAGCGAUGCCCUGGCUACAAGUGGGUCCAGAGGGUAUGGAGCAGGGAUGGAGGACCAGACUGUGAAGUCCUGGCCAAUCUUUCUGUUUUUCGCUGUAGUCCUGGGGGGACCCUACCUUAUCUGGAAACUGCUGAGCUCCAGCCCUGGCUCUGAAGAAAACGCCACGAACUGGGCCAGUGGAGAGGAUGACCAUGUAGUGGCCAGAGCGGAGUAUGACUUUGCAGCUGCAUCUGAGGAGGAGAUCUCUGUGCAGCACGGAGACAUGCUGAACCUUGCCCCUAAAGAGCAACAGCCCAGAGUGCGAGGCUGGCUUCUUGCCAGCGUGGAUGGUCAGACCACAGGACUUGUCCCAGCCAACUAUGUAAAGAUCCUUGGCAAGAGGAGAGGCCGUAAGCAUGCAGAGAUGGAGAGGCUUGCUCAGGCCCAGCAAGGCAACACACAGGCCUCCCCGACAGCCCUUACUGCACACCCACAGUCAAAUCCUUCCCAAGGCUUUACCCCGGGCCUUGGUUCAGCCGCCACUUCAGCUUCCACAGAGGAGCUGCUGCAGUCAGUGUACACAGAAACGCCAGCUUCCGUCAGUCUGGGAACAUCCAGCUCCAGUUUGCCCUCCAGCACAGCACUAAACAUCCCUGAGAAGACUGACUUGUGAUGCUUGUGCAUGCAUGAAUAACUCUGUAUGCAAGUUCUCGUGUGUUCCCAGCAUUGGUUUGCACAGUCAAGUACCUGUUUGCAGCAUUUAACGUUUGACUAACUGUCAGCUGAUAGUAAAUAUUUGGGGAAGCACCAUGACGUUCAGUAAGAUUUGCUCAAAGUUGUUCCUCAGCUCAUCUAGAAUGAUUUCAAUCAUCAAACACAAUUUGGACUGUCUUUAAAGGUUAUUGAUCAGAAAUGCUGUCCAUACACAGGUCCCCUGUUGUAUUGUUCGGUUUUAACCAGUGUGUCUCAAACUAGAAGGUUAUCAUUUAUGUUUCUUUAGUCAGAGCUUGUACAUGAAAGAAAGUUUUGUGUAUCCUCUACAUGUGAUAGACUGCUGUUCUUAAGAUCAUAUCUGAUAUAAGAUGUAGUGUCUUAAGAUUAGUUCAAUGUUUAAAUUAAUGAGGUGCACUGAUACAUCACCUGCAUACUGACAGUGUGAGGACCACGCCAGGGUAUUUUGUUUGACAGUGUAAUUGUUUAACCGUGUAUGUGGAUUUGGCUGCUUGGUCCCCUGUAUUGUCUUCUUUGUCAAGCAAAUAAGAUUGGAUUCACUCAUAAUGUGAAGCAGCUAGUUUUGCACAUUUUCAACAGUUAGUCACAGAAAGUAAUUUUGUAAAUAUUUAAUAUAAUUAUUUUGAAAAUAAAAAAUUCAA